GGAAAAGAGGUUUUCCCGCGGAUUCAUCCCCGUGUGCACAUAGUGAAAUGGCAGAAGCCAGUAUUUCAGUAGCUCCGGACCAGUUCUGCUGUCCAGUAUGCCUGGAUCUCCUGAAGGAGCCUGUGGCUCUUCCCUGUGGACACUCUUACUGUAUGGACUGUAUUACAGACUGCUGGAAUCAGGCUGAAGAGAAGGGGGUCUACAGCUGUCCCCAAUGCAGACAGGCCUUCACUCCGAGACCUGUACUGAGCAAAAACACCAUUCUGGCUGAAAUGGUGGAGAAACUGGGGAAGACAACACUCCUACCUGCUGCUCCUGCUGGUCCUGGAGAUGUGGAGUGCAGUGUCUGUACUGGAGGAAAAGGCAAAGCCGUCAAGUCAUGCUUGAUGUGCAUGAACUCCUACUGUCAAGUUCACCUUGAACAGCACGAGACUUUCUUCAAAGACAAGAAACACCAUUUGAUGGAAGCAACUGAACGGCUCCAGCAGAUGAUCUGUAAGACACAUGACAGGCCUCUAGAAGUUUUCUGUCAAACUGACCAGGAGUGUAUUUGUAUGAUGUGUAUGCUGGACAAACACAAAAAUCAUAAGACUAGAACAGCUGCAGCAGAGAGGACAGAAAAACAGAGGCAAUUAGAGGAAAUACGCAGAAGAUACAAUGAGGAAAUCCAGCAGAAAGAGCAAAAACUUCAGGAGCUUAGAAAGGCUGUGGAUUCUCACAAGCGCUCCGCUCAGGCAGCAGUGGAUUACAGUGAGAGGAUCUUCACCGAACUGAUCUACUCCAUUGAGAGAAGACGUUCUGAGGUCACACAGCUGAUCAGAGCUCAGGAAAAGACUGCAGUGAGUCAAGCUGAAAAGCUCUUGAAGAGACUGGAGUCAUCAAUUGAUUUACUGAAGUGGAGAGACACGGAACUGGAGCAGUUGUCACACACAGACGAUCAUAUCCAUUUCCUUCAGAGUUUCGGGCCUCCCAUUUUGCCUUAUGUGAACGUACUCAACAUCACUAUCAGUUCCCAGAUCUCUUUUGACAAUAUUGGAAAAUCUGUCUCUCUUUUGAGAGGGAAACUGGAAGAUUUCUAUCAAGAGGAGAUGGAACGUAUUUCUGCUAGAGUGAAAUACAUCCAGAUCACUGCCACCAAUAAUCCCAAGACUAGGGAGGAGUUCUUACAAUCUUCCUGUCAACUCAGUCUGGAUCCAAUCACAGCAAAUACCCACCUCCAUCUAUCUCAGAGGAACACAGUAGUUACUUAUACUGACAACGGCCAGCUGUGUAUUUCACAUCCAGACAGAUUUAAAGUCAGCCCUCAGGUGUUGUGUAGAGAGAGUGUGUGUGGACGUGCGUACUGGGAGGUUGAGUGGAGUGGGAAUUGUUGGGUGGGAAUAUCAGUGUCUUAUAAGAGCAUCGACAGGAAGGGUGUUGAGGGUGAGUUUGGAUGUAAUAAUCAAUCCUGGACAUUGCGAAAUAGUAACUUAGAUCUGUUAUUCGCACAUAAUUCUGCACACAGUAAAAUCACUGCACCCCUACAGUCCUCCAGAAUAGGAGUGUAUGUGGAUCACACUGCAGGGACUCUGUCCUUCUACAGCGUCUCUGACACAAUGACCCUUCUCAAAAAAGUCAAGACCAAAUUCACUCAGCCUCUCUAUCCUGGCUUUAUGGUUUUAAGAGGAUCAAGUGUGAAACUAUGUGAUCUAACAACAUGAGAGAUGAGACAGUGUGAUUCAGAAAAAUAAUUAUCAUAUCAAUAUUUAUCAGUGUUGUUAUUGUUAACCAAAAACUGUUAAAACUAUUUUAUUCAUUAUCUGACUGAAAUAAAGCUGAAAUAAUGUACUAAAAAGUUUAAUAAAAAAAAAUACAUUAAACCUAACUAACAAAAAUACAAAAUUACUAAAACUUAGAGUAAAUUUAACAUGAAAACUGAACAUAUAAAAACAAAAGCUAAUAAAUACUAUAAUAGCACUGAAUAGAAAUAAUACUAAACAAACAAUAUUGUACGAGUAAAAGUGUCACUGCAGUCCUUCACAAUCAUCAUGUGUGUUUUCUGGAUAUUUACUCUUCAUAUUUCACAUAUGGGUAUAAAUGAUGAAGCACUGGUCAACGAGUGACAUUAUUAAUGUAUUGUAUUUCAAUCUAUUGCAUUAUGACAUGAGUAAAAUUUUGUUUUGAGAUAACCUUUCUAAAGGAUGUUUCUAAUAUGUGAGCCUGGACCACAAAACCAGUCUUAAGUCGCUGGGGUAUAUUUGUAGCAAAUAGCCCAAAAUACAUUGUAUGUGUCAAAAUUAUCCAUUUUUAUUUUAUGCCAAAAAUCAUUAGGAUAUUAAGUAAAGAUCAUGUUCCAUGAAGAUAUUUUGUAAAUUUAUUACCGUAAAUGUAUCAAAACUUAAUUUUUGAUUAGUAAUAUGCAUUGCUAAGAACUUCAUUUGGACAACUUUCAAGGCGAUUUUCUCAAUAUUUUGAUUUUUUUGCACCCUCAGAUUCCAGAUUUUCAAAUAGUUGUAUCUCAGCCAAAUAUUGUCCGAUCCUAACAAACCAUACAUCAAUUGAAAGCUUAUUUCAGAUGACGUAUAAAUUUCAGUUUUGAAAAAUUGACACUUAAGACUAGUUUUGUGGUCCAGGGUCACAUAUGACGUAUUACGAUAUUUUUACGAUUGGUAAUUAUGUAUCAUUGCCGUUAUUGGUCAUAUGUUGUGCCUGAAUAUUUUUGUAUACCUGAUGAAGGUCAUACAUUGUUAAUAAAGUAUUGUAUAGCCUA